UUCCCAGGGCUAACGGGCGUGCCAUCUGCUCGCAGCCCAGGUGCUAACCAGGGUUCACGUGUCACCUGGCGGCGCCGGGUGCUAGGGAGCCGCCCUGGCAGGUCCCGGCAACUCGGCUCCCGCAGGUUGCUGGGGGCAGGGCGGCGUCCGCAGCAUCCCGCGCGUGCGGAUCGUUUCCCCGGCUCCAUCUGCUGCGCUGGGGGCCGGCGUGGGUCGGUCCCCCACAACAAAAGGGCGCCCCGCGGAGAGCGCGCCGGCCCGCGCCGCCCCGCCCCGGCUUCCCGCGUCCGCGCCCGCGUCCCCGCGGGAAACGCUCCCGCGUCACCGCCUCCAGGUACCCGGAAGGGGGAGGGGGCGAGGCGACAACAAUCCGGCGGGCGGGCGAAGGGGAGGAAAGGCGCGGCGCCGAGCGCCAAGACAGCGAGGGGCGGGGCUUCGGGCCGUGCCGCCGCGCCAUUGGUCGGCACCGCCCCGCCGGCCGCCGCGCAUUGGUGAAUGCUCAAAUUCAGUCUCAAGGCGCCAGAGGAGGUGUUUUAGCGGGGACCGCGAUCCAGGGCUGGAGCUUGGCUUAGGCGGGUAGGAGACGCUGUCGCUACGCGGACACCGCGGGUGGAGCGGAGGAUCUGCGAGCCUUGCCCUGCCCUGCCCAUGUCGCCAGCCGGCCGCUGAGAUCUACACGCUCUGCCCGCUCACGCGUGCGGCUGCGGACGUCCCCGGAGAGACCCUCCAUCGCGCAGCGACAAUGGAGGUGAAUUGUUUAACACUAAAAGACUUGAUCAGCCCCAGGCAGACCAGACUAGAUUUUGCCAUUGAAGAUGCAGAGAACGCACAAAAGUCACCUUAGAGGCUUUCGGGGACCCAGAUGCAAAAGUAGCCAACUACAUUAUACUCACAGCAUAGAGGAGGAAGAAAUACAAGCAUUGCAUUGGAAAGCUUCAAGGGGAGGAAAAUAUAUUUGUCGACCGAUCAAGGAUGACCCCAAAGACACCGAUGAAGAACGAGCCGAUCGACCUGUCAAAGCAAAGAAUCUUCACCCCAGACAGAAACCCCAUUACUCCAGUAAAGCCGGUCGACAGGCAGCCGCAGGUGGAGCCCUGGACACCCACAGCCAACCUGAAGAUGCUCAUCAGCGCCGCCAGCCCAGACAUAAGAGACCGGGAGAAGAAAAAGGAGCUGUUCAGACCCAUUGAGAAUAAGGAGGAUGCGUUCGUGAACUCCCUGCAGCUUGACGUGGCCGGUGACGGCGCUGUGGAUGAGUAUGAGAAGCAAAGGCCAAGCAGGAAACAGAAGAGCUUGGGGCUGCUGUGCCAGAAGUUUCUAGCUCGCUAUCCGAGCUACCCCUUGUCAACGGAGAAAACCACCAUCUCCCUAGAUGAGGUCGCCGUCAGUCUCGGCGUGGAAAGGAGACGCAUCUAUGACAUCGUAAACGUGCUGGAGUCGCUGCAUCUGGUCAGCCGGGUGGCUAAGAAUCAGUAUGGUUGGCACGGUCGGCACAGCCUCCCCAAAACCCUGAGGACCCUACAGAGACUGGGAGAGGAACAGAAAUACGAGGAGCAGAUGGCCUGCCUCCAGCAGAAGGAGCUGGACCUGAUGGGGUAUAGGUUCGGAGAACGCAGGAAAGACGGGUCUCCGGACCCCCGAGAUCCACACCUACUUGAUUUUUCCGAAGCCGACUACCCCUCUUCAUCUGCAAACAGUCGAAAAGAUAAAUCUUUAAGAAUUAUGAGCCAGAAGUUUGUCAUGCUGUUCCUCGUCUCCAAAACCAAGAUUGUCACCCUGGAUGUAGCUGCCAAAAUCCUCAUAGAAGAAAGCCAAGAUACCCCGGACCACAGCAAAUUCAAAACAAAGGUACGGAGGCUCUAUGACAUAGCCAAUGUUCUGACCAGCCUGGCUCUGAUAAAGAAAGUUCACGUAACAGAAGAGCGAGGCCGGAAACCAGCCUUCAAGUGGAUCGGGCCUGUGGACUUCAGCUCCAUUGAUGAAGAACUGUUGGACGUCUCUGCAUCCAUCUUACCAGAAUUGAAGAAGGAAGCAUACGGCCAGAUCCGAGUGUGUGCAAAAGAGAGGCUGGUGCGGUACGGUUCCUUUAACACGGUUCACACGUCUGAGAAGAUACAGAGAAAAGUGAGCUCAGAACCCAGCAGCCCACAGGGAGAAAGACAAGGGUCAGCCUAUUCCCUGGAAAUUGGAAGUCUGGCGGCCAUCUACAGACAGAAAGUAGAAGAUAAUUCGCAGGAGGAAGCCUUUGUCAGUAACACAGCAGUGCCUCCAGCAAGCAUCUUGGACCCCGCCCUCUCCAUGGACUCUGAAUACUGUGUCAAGCCUUUAGCCCAGCCAGUAUUUUCUGUUGCUCAAACAGAUUUGCCGGCCUUCUCUGCGCAGAAUGGUCCAAGCGGACAAGUAGGUGUCCCCGUUCCUUCUGCAGCCUCCGACACAGAGAACUUAAAGCCAGCUCUGCUCGCCGGCCAGCCCCUGGUCUACGUGCCCUCCACCCAACUCUUCAUGCUGUACGGGAGUGUGCAGGAGGGACUGUCCCCAGAGUCAAGGUCAGAGGAAGAUGGUGGUGGCUCCGAUGUCCCAGCUGACCUGUCAGUGACACCCUCUGCUCAGAAGCGCCUGUGUGAGGAGAGAGAUCCUCAGGAGGAGGAGGACGAGCCCGCCAUGAAAAGACAAAGUCAGGAAUUUGAAGACAGCCCCUUAUCCCUAGUUAUGCCCAAGAAACCCUCAAGUUCCACAGACCUUGCCUGUCCUGUGACCAUGGGAAACGGGAGCUCUCCACCCCUGGAAGACGCCUGUGUUAAGGGUCAGCUCCCUGCUGCAGAAGAAGUUACAGGAAAGGCUGCCCCAAACUGCUAUGUUGCUUCUGAGUGUGGAAACCCGGCAAGAAAUCCAGACACUGAAAAGCCUUCCAACGAAAACGAGAUCACCAAAGACCCCUCGCUGAUGCAGUACCUGUAUGUGCAGUCUCCCGCAGGGUUAAAUGGUUUUAACAUGGUUUUACCAGGCACCCAGACCCCCCACACCGUGGCACCCUCCCCGGCUCAGCUGCCAUCCUUCGGCGUACCCUGCAUGUUCCUGCAAUCCCCAGGCCUGGGCCCUUUUCCAGUUCUCUAUUCUCCCGCAAUACCCGGGCCCAUUUCUUCAGCCCCCGGCACUCACCCAAACCCCGGACCCAUGAACUUCGGCUUGUCCACCCUGGCAUCUGCUUCUCACCUUCUCAUCAGCCCGGCAGCCAUGGUCAAUCCAAAGCCAUCCACCCUCCCCUGUACAGACCCUCAGCUUCGCUGUCAGCCCUCACUCAACCUGAACCCCGUGAUGCCAGGCUCACACGGCGUCAUCCACCCCGAGUCCCCCUGUUACGUGAGACAUCCGGUAUCGAUGGUAAAGGCAGAGCAGUCCCCUGCACCGGCGACUCCCAAGAGCAUCCAACGGAGACAUCGGGAGACGUUCUUCAAGACUCCCGGCAGCCUCGGCGAUCCGGUCUUUAGAAGAAAAGAAAGGAACCAAUCAAGAAACACUAGCUCAGCCCAGAGGAGACUAGAAAUCUCUAGCAGCGGGCCUGACUAGCCUGAUGCUUCGGUGGGUGGGAUGGCCUCAGUGCCUGACGCUCCCUGUGUCCCAGACAAAUGUCCUAAGUGGAACACAGGUCACCCCAGGUCCUCAGCUGUGUCCUUGCUCUCUUGCUCGAUCCACUGGUUCUGCUAACUUCCCGAUAUCAUGAGUCAUCUAUCUUCCUGGAAGUCAUUAAUACUAAUUAUGCAUUUAACACCACCUAGCAUCCAGGCUGUGCCCGUGGCGGUGUUGCUGCGGCAAUGCCGUGUGACUGCUAUGGUUUUUCUGAAGCGGGGUUGCCUAGCACUUAACCAGGGUAAGUGUCGGCGAUAUGCCUCUCCACCUGCCCUGAGCAAGUCUGUAGUGAGAACUGUAUCUGCAGCCUAAAUACGCUACUGCUUCCUAAGGCUCCGGGAGGCCACCUUCAGUGAGGAAUCCUAUGGUAUUAUUUAUUUUUGUCCCUGAAGCGGGACUUUACUGCACAAAGUUUACAACAUCAUCCAAUGUAUUUUUCAGGGUAUUGCGACUUGAAUGUUUAUGCUUUUGUUGUUGUUGUUAUUAUGACUUGCCCUGCACUUAUUCUACAGCUUAUUAAUAAUGUGGAUAAAUGUAUAUACACGAUAAAAGUCAAGACCAAAAUAACUGUGAAUGCUACACCUAGCCAUUAAUAAACUGUGCAGACCCCUCUGGAGUUGCAGGAAGGAAAACUAAAGUCUGGGUGCCUUGUGGCUGCUCCUCCAGCAACGAUGAACUAUGAGGUCACACUGUUUAAAACAAAAAAAUCCUCCUGUGCUCCGGUCCGUUCACUCUGUGCCCCCUGUAUCCUAGUUUAAAUGUUCACAGUAGAGUGCCGGGGUGUGUGCCUUCUCAAGGUCACCGUUUAUAAUAAGACGAAUCGGUACGACAGAGCAGAACGGAGACCGUUGGGACCUGGAUAAGCGUUUUGGUUGAAUUGUGAAGCACAAUGACAGGGAGAGAGACAUAGAGCAAUAGACAAUUCUUUUAUUUUCUUUUUCUCUUACACAUUUUCCUGGUGUUCGGAGGCGAAGAGGGAGAAGGGGCACCCUGUCCAUUUCCAAGGUGUUCAUUUGUACGUUCCGUGGUCCUCCCAGAAGGAGCACGGGGAUUGGCUGUUCCAACAAAUAGUCCUGGAAAGUGCACGUGGCCCUUCGUGAGCCAGGUUGCUUUAGGGUUCCCUGUGUUCUACACUGAUGUUACCGCACACCUGUCUCUUCAGAGUAAAUCUUUCCCCCUCUACUUCCUUUUCUCUUCUUCCAGUCUGUCUUCUAUUUAAACUUCUUAGAGUUAGAGUCUUAAUAUAAGGCUAUUUUUCCUUUGUAUUUUUGUACCCUGCGAAAUACUAUAUACAAGGAUAAAAAAUAAUAAUUUAAGAGACUCUGGGAGUCUGAUCAGAGUAGCUUUAUAUUAACUACCAGAUACUUUUAGCCUUACUACCCCCAACACUAGCUUUGGGAAACUUGGGAUAGGUAGCCUGUUUAACACAUUCGCUACUUAAUCAAAUUUUUUGUCAACACUAAGCUUAUAAAGUUGGAAAAAAAAAGGUAUUGUUCCCUUUUUUAAAAAAAGUUUUGUUUUUUUUUUCCUGAGUCAGGUAAAAAUUGCAUGGUGUCUAUGACUGAAGCCACACUGCUGGUUCCUUGCUAGAAUUUAAAGUAACCCCUUUUCAGGAUUAUCACACACACGUGCAGCGAGUGAGUCUGCUACACACUGCUUGCUUUGACGAGCCCUCGUGGGUAGGAAUGUCCACAAAGCAUUCCUAUUAAGAAAUCCACAUUUUGAUACGAACUUUUCCUCUUCUCUCUCUCCUGGCUAGUCUCAUUUAUGUUAACCUUUGUUGCUACUUUUUCUUAUUGUUAUACUUAAUUAUUCUGUUUGUGAAUUGACCAUAUUCACCUCAGAGAACUUGGGAUUCUUGGGGUGGGGGUGGGGGGCGUCAAGCAGUUCCAUCCAUGGAAAACAAAAGUCACUUCCAUAUUCAGGUCCCACGGGGUGUAGCUUCUGGCUCUUCCGGAAGACUGGUCUUUGAAGCUUUCCAGCUAGACCUGAGUGCCAGAGACUGAGAUGGGGAAGCAGCAGUAGUGGCUUCUUGUUGAAUGCAAGAAGAACUAACUGUUAAAGGAGGGCAUGGGCUUUGGGUCAGCACUGAGGGGAUGUGCUACCUCAAACCAUGCCAUCCGGGGUUUCCAAAACCCUUGCAUUCUGGUACAAGAGUUGGGGAGGUAUAACUUAUACUUGAACCUACCUGCUAAGUUUACAUUGCUCAAUGUAAGGUGCUAUUUCUGUACGGAAGUGACUGUAAUGUAGAGCUGCUUCCUGCUUAUCUCGUUGCACUGCUAGGCUGACGUAGAUGUUCAUCUAUUGCUGCUUGCCGCUUCGUUGUCCCGGGUUUCGGCUCUGCUCUUUCCUCGUGGCUAUAUUAUCUAUAGCCACCUACUUGGAACGCUACUACUACGUGUAAACCAAUCUUUCCUUUUAGAAAAAAUACUAAGCUUUAUAAAAUAGCAAUGGAAAUAAAUGUAUUUAGUAAGA